UCCUGCUCUGUGCCAGCUGGGUCCUGCUGAGUCCUGCUCUGUGCCAGUUGGGACCUGCUCUGUGCCAGCUGGGUCCUGCAUUGUGCCAGCUGGGUCCUUCUGGGUCAUGCUCUGUGCCAGCUGGGUCCUGUUUUGUGCCAGCUGGGUCCUUCUGGGUCAUGCUCUGUGCCAGCUGGGUCCUUCUGGGUCAUGCUCUGUGCCAGCUGGGUCCUGCUCUGUGCCAGCUGGGUCCUUCUGGGUCAUGCUCUGUGCCAGCUGGGUCCUUCUGGGUCAUGCUCUGUGCCAGCUGGGUCCUUCUGGGUCAUGCUCUGUGCCAGCUGGGUCAUGCUCUGUGCCAGCUGGGUCCUUCUGGGUCAUGCUCUGUGCCAGCUGGGUCCUUCUGGGUCAUGCUCUGUGCCAGCUGGGUCAUGCUCUUUGCCAGCUGGGUCCUUCUGGGUCAUGCUCUGUGCCAGCUGGGUCCUUUUGGGUCAUGCUCUGUGCCAGCUGGGUCAUGCUCUGUGCCAGCUGGGUCCUGCUUUGUGCCAGCUGGGUCCUUCUGGGUCAUGCUCUGUGCCAGCUGGGUCCUGCUUUGUGCCAGCUGGGUCCUUCUGGGUCAUGCUCUGUGCCAGCUGGGUCCUUCUGGGUCAUGCUCUGUGCCAGCUGGGUCCAGUUUAUCUAAUUGGAGGAUAUGGUUAUUCCGGUUUUUAAUUUCUGAUGACGAUGAGACGGCCUAUAGGGAGGAGGUCAGAGACCUGGCAGUAUGUUGCCAGGACAACAACCUCUCCCUCAACGUCAGCAAGACCGCUGAACAUCGUCUUCGGUGAUCAGGCCUACAACGGCCGUGUCGUCAGCAAACUUAAUGAUGUUGUUGGGAGCCGUGCAUGGCACUCAGUCGUGGGACAGGAAGUGGACGGGGAGAACAGGAGGGGACUGAGCACGCACGUCUGAGGGGCCCCCCCAAUUUGAGGGUCAGCGUGGUGGACGUGUU